UUAUACUGUGUUGUGUAUGGUGUUUAGUGUGUGUGGCUUUGUCUUAUGAUUUAUUCAAACCAUGUUUCAUCGAUAAUAAAUUAUUUAAAGAAAAAAAAAUCAACAAAUCCAUUUCGAGAAAAUAAAAUAAAAACGCACACACAUCAUUCAACCAUCAUAAUGUUUAUCUGAUCAGCAAUAUCAAAAGUGAUAGGAAUAUAUAUUUUUUUUUCGAAAUAAAAACAACAAGAAAAUUUUUCGAUUUUCAAUAACAAAACUAAAAGUUUUUUUUUUGUUUUGUUUGAAAUGUCACGAAAAAAUGAUCAUCAUCAUCAUCAUGAUCAUCGACGAACAUUCGAUACGAUCACUGGUGGUGGACAUUAUGGUGGUGGUGGACGUAUGUUUUGUAUAUCGGUUGUUGGAUUAUCCGGUACUGAAAAAGAAAAAGGUUGUCUUGGUGUUGGUAAAUCUUGUCUUUGUAAUCGAUUUAUACGUCCACAAGCUGAUGAAUAUAAUCGUGAUCAUAUAUCAAUAUUAUCACAACCAGAUUUUAGUGGACCAAUUGUUAAUAAUGAACAUUGGUUAUAUUGGGGUGAAACAAGAAAAUGUACUGAUGAAGGUUUUGAAUUAACAUUCAGUAUUGUUGAACAAACAGAAUUUGUUGAUGAUGCUUGUUUUCAACCAUUUCGUUCGGGUAAAACAAUGGAACCAUAUCAUAAACGUUGUGCAGCUACACGUCUAAAUUCUGCUGAAAAAUUAAUGUAUAUUUGUAAAAAUCAAUUAGGUAUUGAAAAAGAAUAUGAACAACAUUAUCUUUUGGAUGGUAAAUUUAAUGUUGAUGGAUUUAUUUGUGUAUUUGAUGUUAGUCAAAUACAAGGACGAUCAAUUGAAAGACAAAUAGAAUUAACUGCAUUAAUAUUAAAUUCAUUAUUAAAAACAAAAAAACCAGUCGUAUUAGCAACAACAAAAAAUGAUGAAUAUUCUGAACGUUAUGUUCGUGAAGCAGAAAAACUAGUCAAUCGUCGUGAAUUUAAAGGAUUAAUUCCACUAGUCGAAACAAGUGCUCAUGAUAAUGUUAAUAUUGAUUUAGCUUUUUGGGCCUGUGUACAACGUGAUUGGACAAAAGGCAAAACAAAAAUUCUAUCAUAUCAUGAAGCAUUUCAAAGACAACAAGAUAAGCUUGUGAUUGUUAAUGAUGCCUAUUUAACAUUAAUCAAAUCAAAUAUAACUGAUUAUCGUAGCCAUUGGAACAAUACUUAUUCAAAUCUAUCGCAAAGUCAAGAUUUUAUUACUUAUUGUGAUUUAUUUGGUCAGGAAAGUGCUCAACAAACAUUUAAACGACAUGUUAAAAAACUUAAAGAUGAAUAUGUUUGCCGAAAGAUUGACAUGUAUUUACGACGUUUACCAAAAAUAUUUAGCGAAAUGUUGCCUGAUUUAGAAAGUUUUGGUCAUGAUCGUAGCUGGCCAGCUGUACAACAAAUUCUUCAUCAACAUCCAUUGUUUGAUAGUAAUUUUGUGCUCAAUGAAAGUCUUUCAUGGCAAGAAAUGGAUGAUACAAAUGAAACACGUAUCCCAUUUGAUUUGUUACAAACUCCUGAAGCAGAAAAAUCCUAUCUAGAUCAUUUGAAAACAUUAAUGGCCGAAGAUCAUCUUCGUAGUCUUCGUUAUCAAUUCAGUGAAUUACUACGGGAAACAUCAGUGGUACCUGGGCAACCUCUUCGUGAAAUUCGUGAUCAAUUGAAAGGUCGAGAAUGUGUAGAAUCAUUACCGGAAUCAGAGCUCAAAUUAAUCUAUGAUGAAUAUCAAAAAAUACUUCAACAAGAUGCUCGUGAUCAAUUGAAUGAAUUAUUUCUUGAAAGAGCAUCAUUAUUUUUACAAUUCUCUACCGGUAAAACUUUAACUCAAGAAGAUUUGGCUGCUAUUUCACAUGAACUAUCUAAAGAUGAUCGAUGGCUAACAUUGGAUCUAAUUCCACAAGAUCGUCAAUUAGCAUUAAUAAGACAUCUAGGCUUUCUUCAAUGGCCAAUUAAAGAACAUUGUUCGGCUGGACAAACUUGUGUUGAUUUAAAUAUUGAAGCAUAUCAUGCUUCGUUGGCCAAACGUAAUACUCGAAAUCCACUUUGGAAUCAUGAUCUGGAAAAGAUACAAAUCAAAUUUAUUGUACUUGGUUUGUCGGCAUAUGCUGAUAAUUUAGCUACUGUGGUCAAGGCAAUGUGUCCUUCACUUGAACAGGAAAACCCUCGAAUUCAUUAUGAAAUGGAAACAUUGCCUAGUAAUGAAUCAUUAGGCAUGUUUCCUAUUCGCCCAUUUGCCAAUCCAUUACAAUCAGAAGCAUAUCUUUGUGUCUAUUCUUCACGUACAUCAUUAGAAUAUUUAUUAAAAACAUUAGAACAUUCCCUGUUGGCCGAUUUGCAAUAUGGUAGCCUUCAUCCGAAUGGUCUUCCUUUGGUACUUUUAUUGGCUUGUACGCCUGAUACAUCGGCUAAAGAAAGAAACUAUCUUCGUGAAGAAGGUACAAAUCGUGCUCAAUGUUUACAAUGUGCAUUUUUUGAUGUCACCAGUAAUGAGCCACAUGCAAGAUUCAAAUCGGAUGAAUUGUUACGGGCAUUAAUUUUCUUAAGUGAAUCAUUAAUACGUCGUGCCGAAAUGACCAAUGUAUUUGGUGGACCAAAUAAUUCGUUGGCAACAAAUCAUUCUAUUCCUGAAGGUGCCUUGAAUCCUGAAAUUCGAAUACUUAUAUCGUUAAUGUGUGGUGAUCCAUUAUCGCCUGCUCGUUUUCUUGAAUCAUUGAUUCUUAUGGAUAGUUUAACUAAUUUAAAUUUCUAUCCAGUAUCCGAUCAUUCAUUUGUUACCGAUAUUGGUUUUCUAUUAUCGAUUGAUGAUGAAAAUAAUGAUAGUCUAUCAUUGAAUAAUUCACAACAACAACGUGAAAUAGCUAGUUGCUAUGUUGAAUUUGUCGUUACUUCUUAUCAUAGUUCAUAUACAAUCAAAGAAGAAUUGUUUUAUGGAAAUAUUCUAGUCUAUUGGUCAAAGCGGCAAGCUUCAUUUGCAAAUAUGUCAGCAUUGGCAUCUAUAACAGCAUCAUUAAUGCCCAUACAUAUUUUAGCAUUAGUUGAAAAUGAACUUCGACCUAGUAAACUUUCACAUCAAUUAGUUGCCAAAGGAAAAGAAUUGGCCGAUCAAUUACAGGCACAUUUUCGAAUAUCAACACUUGGUUCCGAAAUGGGAAAAUGUAUUUCAUCAUUUCUUAAUUAUUGUCUACAAAAUAAACAUCUUAUUGAAAAGAAUCUUCAAAUUGCAACAGCUUCUUCUAAUGUUGUUGGAAUUGAAAAUCAAUUCGAUCCACAAACAAUCGAUGAUUGUUUUAUUGGCACCGAUCCUAAUGAUGCUAAUUUUGAAUCAAUACUUCAACAACAAGCACAUAUUAAUGAUCAUUGUGAAUCUCCAUCAAAAUUAUUAUCAGAUAGUAUUUAUGAAAAAUUACCUGAAGAUCAACAACAAUUGUCGAAAAUUCAUCAACAAUCAUCAUCAACAAAUAAACAACAUUCAAAUGAAUUUCCAUCAUCAUUUCUAGUUGGACAUCAAAGACAUAAAAGAUAUUCACCAGAAGAUAUUUUAGAUUCAUCAUCAUCUGCAGCAGUAGCUGUAUCCGAUAUGAGAAAUGCACAACAUUUUUUCAAUCCAAUUUUCAAUUCAAAUGAACCAAGAACAGCAACAACGGGUGAACAUUUAUUGAAACCAUCCGAAAUGAUUCGACAAAGAAAACAACAACAACAACAUUUGAAUAAUAACAAUCACAAUUCUGAUGAAAAUUUAAAUGCAACAGCAGAUAAAUAUGCCGUUAUAUCGGGUUGGGCUUAUCACCAAAAACAAAAUAAUAGCCGAUCACCUACUACUGUUUUAGGUUCUAAUCAUAAUCGAUUACCCGAUCAAUGGCCACCAACAACAACAUCUUCAUCAUUAGCAGCAGCAGCAGCAGCGAUUAUACAACCUCCUAUCAUUAAUGAUGAAAAUACAUCAUCUAAUGAACGAUCAAAGGCUCCGGGUAAAAUUGAUAUUAAAAAAUAUAACAAUCUUUCCAAUGCAAUUGGUCGUUUAAAUUUACAUUCACCCUUGGGACCAACUAGAUCAACUCAUUCAACAUUUGAUGAUAUAUCGGUAAUCACUAAUACAGAUAGAUUUAACAAUCCAUUUGAUAAUGUAAAUGUAUACAUUACAUCGCAGAAAUCGGCUAUAUUUGAUGAUUCAAAAAUUCAUUUAAAUAAACGUGAACGAAUUCCAAUCAAACAUUCAUCAUCUACUAAAGAUAAUGAUUCUGAAAGUGAAGUUAGUGAUUCGACAAAUAUUUUAACAAAUAAUGAUCAACAAACAUCAGAAAUUUCAAUUCUAAAUGAACGAAUUAAAUUCAAUAGCUUAAAACAGCCAAGUACAAUUGGCCAAUUAAGACAGAAUAGUUCAAAUAAUAGUAAAAAUACACAGAAUAAAAAAUCUCGACGAAUUACACCGGUACCGGUUGCACCACCAAGACUACCAUCAAGUGCAAACAGUUCGAAUGCUGUAACACCAACCAGUUCUGGUGUUGGUAAAUCAUUUACAUCGUUUAGUUCAUAUGAUGAUUCAAUCAAUGAUAAAUCACUUAAUACAACAACGGUCAACAGCAGCAUCAACAAUCAAGAUAUAUUCGAUACUAAUGGCAAUGAUAAUGAAAAUAAGACCGGUAUGGAUUCUGGUGAAUUACGACGAACACGUUGGCAUCAAUUUUCAAAAUUAUUUUCAUUACCUGCUGAUAAUGAAUCUGGUAUCAGUAUUGAUGAUAAUAGUAUUGAUGCUGCUUCGGAAGAUACAAGUGUUAGUCAUAGUAUUAAUCCUACUGCUGCUGCCGCAAUUGCUGCAUCAAAAGCAAGUGGAAAUAAUAAUAAUAGCAAUGGUGAAAAGGCAAAAUUUCUUAAAAGUAAAUCGAUCGGUACAUUUCCUGAGCUUGAUAAAAAAUCCAUGCGAAAAGCAGAAAAAAUGGAAAAGAAAAGAAUGAAAGAAGAAGAACGAAAACAACGUAAAAGUUCAAAAGAAAAUUCAAGCCGUAAUCGAAGCCGAUCAAAAGGAACACAUUCAUCAUUGGAAGAUUUUGCUCAACCAAAUGGCAAUCCAGUACCAUUGUUUAUUGAAAAAUGUACAUUAUUUAUUGAACAAGAAGGUUUAGAUAUGGAAGGAAUCUAUCGAGUUCCAGGCAAUCGAGCUCAUGUUGAUACACUUUUACUGAAAUUUGAUGAAAAUCCCGACAUAAAUAUUGCUGAGCUAGACAUUCCGGUCAAUGCCGUUGCGACAGCAUUGAAAGAUUUUUUCCUUAAACGUUUGCCACCGAUUUUUCCAUCCGAUUCUAUGACUAAUAUUGCCAAUCUAGCUAAACAAUACACUGAUGCUGGUCAAUUAUCUGAAAUGCGCACUUUUAUACGUGAAUUACCAAAUUCGAAUUUUGAAAUUCUUAAACAUAUGAUCUCACAUUUUGUCAAAAUUACUGAAAAAAGUUCAGAAAAUAGUAUGGACAGUAAAAAUCUGGCCAUUUGUUGGUGGCCAACAUUAUUGCAAUUUGAAUUCACCAAUAUGGAUCUAUUUGAACAAAAACGACCACAUUUGAUGAAUUUUGUUCAGAUUAUGAUUGAUUCAUAUUCAGAUUUAUUUUCAAUCAAUGCCGAUAGCGAAGAUAAUCUUGCAACAUUAUCCUGUUCGGCUGAUGAAUUAUCUUCAUUAUAAAAUGCAUUUAACCAAAUCUAUCAAUCGUAUACCCUCGAAAUAUCGUGAUUUCAAACCAAAACUAAAAAAAGAAACAAAGAAAAAUU